AUGAAUUUCAGCAACCUUUUCCUGUCUAUCUUCCUGGUCUUCGCCGUCGGCUUCGCGCUGGUUCAGGCUGAGGAUGCCAAGCGGGAAACCCGUGGCCCCAAGAUCACUAGCAAGGUCUACUUCGAUAUUCAGCAUGGUGAUGAGACCCUUGGUCGUAUUGUGAUGGGUCUGUACGGCAAGACCGUUCCUGAGACCGCUGAGAACUUCCGUGCUCUGGCCACCGGCGAGAAAGGCUUCGGCUACGAGAACUCCGCUUUCCACCGCGUCAUCAAGGACUUCAUGAUCCAGGGUGGUGACUUCACCAAGGGUGAUGGAACCGGUGGCAAGUCUAUCUACGGUAACAAGUUUAAGGAUGAGAACUUCAAGCUGCGCCACACCCGCCCGGGCCUCCUGAGCAUGGCCAACGCCGGCAAGGACACCAACGGCUCCCAGUUCUUCAUCACCACCGUUAUCACCUCAUGGCUCGACGGCAAGCACGUUGUCUUCGGUGAGGUCCUCGAGGGAAUGGAUAUUGUCGACAAAAUUCAGAAUGUUCCCGUCGGUGGUGGCUCCAAGCCCCAACAGCCCGUGAAGAUUGUGAAGAGCGGAGAGCUUGAGAUGGAGGCGGACCCCGAGGACAAAGACUCCGACGACUACCCGACCGAUGAAGCUCCAGUGGACUCCUCCUCCCCCACCUCCUUUUCGAUGCAGCCCGUGCUGAUCUUCCUUGUGCUGGUAGCGAUUGUCGGAUUUUACAUUUACAGCCGUCGCAGCCAGCAAGGAAAGGCCGAUGACGAUUAUAAGGAAUACCUGUAG